CUCUCGUUCGCUUGCUUCUCCUUUCCAUUCUACGAAGAGGGCGAUAGCGAUGGCGAGGAAGGAGGCGGCGCUCGUAUGGCGUCCCAUUCCGGGUCUCCGUGAUGCGGAGAAGGAACGUACUCCAGCUCGAAUCGCUCUGUUUGCGUCCGUGUCCAACGGCGGUGCUGCCUCGCCUGUGAUUGAGAGGGAGAAGAAGGACGCGCGGGAGAAGGAGGCGUUCCCGUCCGCGGAUCAGCUGUUUCGGCAUCCUUUGGCGAUUCUGGCGCUUGUUCCAGAUGGGGCGUCGCUAUUUGCUGCCGGGGCCAUCUCCGGUGCUGCCGCAAAGACCGUUACCGCGCCCCUCGACCGCGUCAAGCUCCUCAUGCAGACCCAUGGACUGCGUGUUACUCAAGGAGCUGGAAAGAAGGCAUUUAGCUUCAUUGAUGCUAUGACAUUGAUAGGGAAGGAGGAGGGGCUUAAAGGCUAUUGGAAAGGAAAUUUACCACAGGUGAUACGGAUAUUACCAUACAGUGCGGUUCAACUCUUUUCUUAUGAAAUCUACAAGAGACUCUUCAGGAACAAGGACGGGGAACUUUCUGUUCUUGGUAGGCUUGUUGCAGGGGCCUGUGCUGGGAUGACAUCCACUCUAGUAACAUAUCUGCUGGAUGUCCUAAGGCUUAGGCUUGCGGUGGAACCUGGUUCUAAGACCAUGUCCCAGAUGGCUCUUAACAUGCUAAGAGAAGAAGGGUUUGCAUCAUUUUAUGCUGGUCUUGGUCCUUCUCUCAUAUCGAUAGCACCUUAUAUUGCUAUUAACUUCUGUGUUUUUGACUUGUUCAAGAAGUCACUUCCAGAAAAGUACCAAAAGAGGCCAGAAACAUCCCUUGCAACUGCUCUUAUCUCAGCAACACUUGCUACCUUUAUGUGCUAUCCUUUGGACACUGUGAGAAGACAGAUGCAAAUGAAAGGUUCACCUUACAACACUAUACUAGAUGCUAUCCCAGGAAUUGUGGAACGUGACGGCAUUAUCGGCUUAUAUCGAGGUUUUGUGCCUAAUGCAUUGAAAAGUCUGCCAAAUAGCAGUAUUAAGCUCACUACAUUUGACAUUGUGAAGAGUCUAAUAGCCUCCGGGCGAAAAGAACUCGAGAAAAUUACUGAAAGCAACAAGGAAAAAUUGGCGAACUAGUUCAGUCAUCUUGCCACUUCAUUCAGUCAUCUCUUUUACAUAUUCUAACAGGGGAUUCAAGCUGUUGGAUGCUGAACUAGGAAUGACUGACUUUUGGAUAGAUUUAGAUGAAAGGCAUGCUGUUUUUUUUCCUUUUCUUUCUCAGAGAUCGUCUGCAGUUUGAACACAAAUUUUCUUCGUCAUGUAUUUCUCAGAUACUUUCUUACAUGAGAAACACUGUUGCAUAUUAUCACCAAUGUAAUUGUACUUACUGAUUUUAUUCUAAAAAUCUUGUUUGGAUAGUCCAUAUUUUCAGGAGAUUA